AUGGUGCGAAGUCCGCUCGCGCAGCUGGCCGGCUGGGCGAAGGCGCCGUACGAUUUGCAAGAGUGUGUGAACAGGGUCGGUUUGUACAAUACCGACUCUCCCGGAUCGCUCAAGCCAUCCGCCCCUUGCUCGAUGCGCGGCGACAGCUUCGCAGGGCUCACCGGCGUUUGGAACGAGUACGUGCGCGCGUAUGACAACCUGAGCCGCAGAGCCGACGACGGCGUUCGCACGAUCGUGGUGGAGUACGAGCGUUUGGUGCUAGACCCGGAGCCCGUCGUCCGACAGAUCGCUGGGGCACUGGGCCUGCGCCUGGACACUUUCAGGUCCAUCGAGUCGGAUGCGAAGAAGGACGGCGAGUCGCACGGCAGAGACGAAGCGAUCCAGAGCAUCGAGAACAUGCUGUAUCAGCGAGACUUUAAUCCAGGGGGCAGUUUGGGAGGGUGGGGCUCCAAGGGAGCCGUGUGCAGGUCCCUGGACCAGGACUUACUACGGCGGCAUGACUUCGUCUUGAGAUCGGGGAGCAGAAGAGCCUACAUUGCAGACUGCGAGUGA